AUGGACUCCAACGGCGGCAGCAGCUCGAAGGGUACCUCGCCCGAUGACAAAGGCAAAGGCUACGACCAGUAUGCCAUCUUCGACGGCCUUCUCCCUCGGAUAGAGACCAGAGGACAGAGCAAGAACUCGUCGAAGAAAAGCAGCGGCAAGAAGAAAGAAAGCAAGGGCUCGAGUCAACAUCACAGUUGA